AUGGCGGCAGCGUCUGCGGUCUUUCGGCGAUUUGGCGACUUGCUUACCCGGCGAUUGACCCCCUCUACCAACCUGGGUCUCAACCUUCGCCCAAUGAGUGGCUUUGCACAAGAGGAAGCCUCCAAAGCAGCCCCAGAGGAAGCUCCAGGCCACAGCUAUGAGUCCCUUCGGGUGACAGCUGCCCAGAAACACAUUCUGCAUGUGCAACUAAACCGGCCUGAGAAGAGAAAUGCCAUGAACAAGGCCUUCUGGAGAGAGAUGGUGGUAUGCUUCAACAAGAUUGCAGAAGAUGCUGACUGUCGUGUGGUGGUGAUCUCUGGUGCAGGAAACAUGUUCACUUCAGGUAUCGACCUCACGGACAUGGCUUCAGAGCUCCUUCAGCCCCCAAGUGACGACACGGCUCGCAUCAGCUGGUUCCUCCAUAGUCUCCUCACCAGAUACCAAGAGACCUUCAGCGUCAUCGAGAAGUGCCCUAAGCCGGUGAUCGCCGCCAUCCAUGGAGGCUGCAUUGGUGCAGGAGUGGAUCUCAUCACUGCCUGUGACAUCCGAUACGGCACCCGGGAUUCUUUCUACCAAGUGAAGGAGGUGGACAUAGGUUUGGCAGCAGAUGUGGGAACCUUGCAGCGACUGCCCAAAGUCAUCGGGAACCAGAGCCUGGUCAACGAGCUGGCCUACACUGCCCGCAAGAUGAUGGCUGACGAGGCCCUGGAGAGUGGACUGGUCAGCCGUCUCUUCCCAGACAAGGAGAGCAUGCUUGAUGCGGCUUUCACCUUGGCAGCUGAGAUUUCCAGCAAGAGCCCCGUGGCGGUGCAGGGCACAAAAAUCAACCUGAUCUACUCCCGCGACCAUUCGGUGACGGAGAGCCUCAACUACAUGAAAUCCUGGAACAUGAGCAUGCUACAAACAAAGGACAUCAUGAAGUCUGUCCAGGCCGCAAUAGAGAAGAAGGAUCUGAAGACCAUCACCUUCUCCAAGCUCUGA